CGCGCAUCUCCUCAUUCCUCGCUCGUAACUCGCGCCCGACGCACGUACGCGCUCGUGUCAGUUCCAACCCAGUGUUCGUGUUCAGUGACAGUCACAAUGAAAGCGAUAACAGCAGUGUGCGCGACCGGCGCCUCCGUGCCCGCCAUCGCCAGCGGCCGCGUACAGCGGCACCGCGACGGUGAAAACGCAGAGAUACAGAUGUACCUGUCCAAGCUGCAGGACUUGGUGCCCUUCAUGCCCAAGAACAGGAAGAUCUCCAAGUUGGAGGUGAUCCAGCACGUGAUCGACUACAUCUGCGACCUGCAGUCAGCUUUGGAGAACCACCCCGCCAUGGAUCAGUUCGACGCGGAGGGUGCACUGGCCAGCCCGGCCUGCGCGGCCCCAACACCCCGCCGGCGCCCGCUCGGGCCCCGUGCCGCGCCCAACACCAUCCUCCGCAAAACAGACCUCAGUCAAGAACACAGAAACCAAACCACGCCAGAAAAGCAGAAUCAGCUUGACAGGCCUUCAUGCUAAGUGGUGAUUAGAUUAAGAGAGACACUAUAAUUUAUGGUAAUGUUUAUAUACCUCGAGUGGCGACGUGGGUCGCCGCGGGUGGCAGCGCCGGGCCCCCGGGCCGGUGCGGGGCCCCGCCAACAGUUCCAGUGAACAUCAUCAUGGACGAUGAUAUCCUAUGCACGAUCUCGUUACGAUCAGUAAACUACUUUAAUGUAAUUGUUUUGUGGCAUUACACGCAGAAGACUUGAGCAUUGCAAUGCAAUCGGCCGCGGCACGGGCGCGCCCGGGCGCCGCGGCUAGUUUUGUUAUGAUGUUUUGUGUAAAAAGCUUUACUAGGUAGUUAGUAGUGUAAUGAAUGUAAAUUUUCCAUGUUUGUAAAUAAGUAUGUUGAGUGGUUUUGUGGUACACCCAAGGGACAUCCUGUCUGACAACAGAAGAUAUAUUUUGUAAUAAAUAGAUUUCUUAUUAUUACUGUUCAGAACACUUCACGUACAAAAUGCUGUAGUUUUUCAAUUUUGUAAAAAUCCUUUUUUUUAGAACAUGUCAAUCCUAUCUUUUAGUUAUAAAACUAAUGCUUCCAUUUAUAUCAAAGAAGUGGGCCGAUUGAAAGUCGACCCACGUAUAUAAUUAUAUUAUUCUAAGUUAUUUCAUGAGUGUGAUUUUGCAUGGCGAUUUUGUUUCUAAUAAAAUAUUAUUUUGUGAGUGCUUCACGCAAAUUUUCUAUUAUUAACUUAUGAUUUGUGUUUAGCACAUUACUAUAUGUAAAUAAUGUAUGUAAUAAAAACUAAAUGAAUAUAAAAUUUAAUUGAAAAUUAUCGAUUUGAUACAUUUUAUGAUUUUAUUUCGAUUAUAAGGUGAAGAUGCUUUAAUUAUCUUUAUAUACAUAAUGAUUACUUAUUGUAUUAUAAUUUUAAAUAGACUGUUAUAGUUUUAGUUGAGGUGCGUUAAUAAUGAUCAAAUAUGCGUUGUUAGUAGAUAUGUGGCACGCUGUGCCGCCCACAGUACUCAGCGGCCCCGGCAGCUAUCCGUAACAACUCUGUGUCACAAACCGUAUCUGUCUUGAUUGCAUUUCACGAUGUUAAUCACCCACAUUUUCCUUUAUUAUUUAGUUUUAUAAAUUGUGCACUGAUUUUCUAUUAAGUACCAGUACAAUGAAAAGAAAAAUAAAAAAAUAUUAAGGCUA